AUGAGACAUGUCCUUUGUUUUACUCCUCGCCAGUGGAAAGGAGGAGUGGUACGAGGUAUAACUGCUGGAUUUCUCCCCAGACGAUUUAUAACUUCCUCAACUAAGGAGGGAAGUUCUGAUAAAAAUGCCACUUAUCCGUCUAAGGAGGGCAAUGCCACAUCCACUCGAAAUCAGACACAGCAUCGACUCCCCCAAAAAGGUCAAAAUUUUAGUAAAUAUCAUAUGAUGCAGAAAGCCCCACAACGCGAUUUCUCUGAGUCAAACACUAACAGACCAACGUCUGGAAAGAUCACUCCUAGCUUACAGCGCGCCAAAUCGCGUCUGAAGCACAGUAGCAGUGCAAAAGGGUUCGUUAAGACUACCCAUGGUGAACCUGCCCCAUCCUUUUUUGAUACUUCUAUUCAUGAAAGGCAGAUGGAUGUUGAGAAGGGGUUCCCCACAGCAAUGGCGCACCUCAAAUCGGUAUUGGUAUUACCCUAUGCUCAGCAGGGAAAAGAAGAUCGAAAAUGGAGUCGUGUGACACAUGCGUACAAUAUGGAUGGUUACCCUUUACCACAGAACGAAACGACAGAGCCCUCCUUUUUUGAUCAAGACAGUCUAGAUAUUCGGAAUAGCAUGCGUGAUGCGGCAAUGCGAACAAACGGUGCACAUCCCACUGGAAUGACUAUGCCCUCGUCGUCCCCCCCGACCACUGAAGAGGUGCUUUCGCCUGACGUCCUGCAGCUUACCGGUGGCCAACCCCGCCAGGACGGACUGGGUCUAUCACUGCGAAGCAAUCUUGCUCCUGCGGACCAGACUGUCGAAGGCGACGACAGUAUAAAUGACUUUGGCGAUACUCCUGUACAGAUCACCGACAUGCUGCGCGAGAGACUUAUGGAACUCAAAGCCGAAAAGCUUCAGGAGGAUCGUGAUGAAACCUUUCUGCCACGGCGAAUGCGCCUGGAGUCAGAUGUCGAGCUUCAACGACGACAACAACGAAAUCAUAGGCAAGAGGAUUUUCAAGUGUUGUCCAAAGCCUCAAAAAACAAACACCCGUUUGUUUCAUCGUCAGUACCAACUCCACCAAAGCGAGUCCUGACUCUUUCGGAUUUAGAAAAAAUGGAAGAAGCAAACGGAACAGGGAUCUCGAAUAACGGCAUGGCGCUAACGGUUUCCAGCUCUCUUGAUAGCGUCAGCAACGAGCAGCGACAACAAGCAGCGCGCUUCUUGCGACACGCGGACGAAUAUCUUCCAGGGGCCAAUACAAAUAGCCACAACCUGAAUUCUAAGCCUUUGACUGAUAACAGCUUCACCGGUCAUCAGCUAUCAGAUUCGUCUCUAGUCAAUCCGCAUGGAGUUUAUUUGCUUCGUGUCCUUUCGCGUGCUAGCUAUUGUAGUCGUCGAGAGGCUUCUGCCAUAAUCUCUAGCGGACAGGUUCGGGUUAACAACGUCGUUGAGCGUAACCCCUUUCGCUUGAUUCGGCCUGAGGAUGACGUGCAUGUAUUGGGGCAUGAUUCUCGUCUUCGCUAUGCGCCGCCGCGGCUUUGGAUGUACCAUAAGCCGGCAAAUGUUUCGGUAUCUCGCAACGAUGUUUCUAGCCGAGCCCUCAUUAGCAAACACACCCGUAUCCUAGGCAUGGAUCAUCUGAUUCCUGUGGGUUCUCUACCACUGCGUGCGCACGGUAUUCUUAUGCUGACCAACGAUGGUGAGCUCUCACGUUUUUUGGAAAACCCUAAAUCGAACAUCCAGCAGACGUAUCUGCUUCGGGUGCGUCCGGCUAUUGAUCCCAUCCUAGCCCAUAAACUCAAUACAGAAGGUAUUAACAUUAACGGAAAACAGUUCAGGAACGUAGAGUUUUUAGUGAACCCAUCAGCAAAGUCAAGGCAUUCUGUGAAGAUAAAGAUUCGUGGCGAAACUAUGCAUGUUUCACAGCUUAUGCAACAUCUGGGUCGCAUGAUUGAACGUGGAGGUCGCAUUUCGUUUGGCCCUUUUUCUCUUAGUACCCUUCCGGUUGGCUCCAUGCGAGAGGUGACGGUGCCUUUAUUCUACGCUCAUCACUUAGGUGCUGUAUGGAAGCCCUUUGUGGAGCGUGACUGGCCUUAUUUUCGAAGGCAACGCGUCACGCGAUUACGCCAGCUCGCCCGGUACCGUGAAUUGACCCCCAAAGAAGUAGAGGAGCUUGAACAAUACACUUAUGAAGAAGUACAUCAUGCCUUGUCUUUUGAGUCACAGGAACUUUCUGAUGCAGUUGAGAAACGUGCCAAGCUUAUUCGGCACCACCUAGAACUGGAGAGCGAUAAAGCUUUCGAAAGGAAUUUUACAGAAAGCACGGACUACGGAGAUUGGUCUUCCGUAGACCCUGGAUAUGUAACCGAGAAUUACAUAUUGCAUGAUAUCACUGCAGCGACAUAA